AAGCACGUCUGUCCCUUUUCCGGUGUCGUAUGGUUACUGCGGCGGAUGUUGAUGUUUUGUUUCGGAGCUCGCUGAACGAUGUGAACUGUAUCGUUUCCGGAACGGGUUGAUGUUUUUUUAUGGUUGUUUCCACUGUUCUUUUCUUACUCUUUUGUUGGUAAGGUUUCACUGUUCGUCGGCAUCGUGUCUCUCCCGGUGUCUCUCCCGGGAAGCGCGAGGCCGAGUCGUGCGAUGAUGGAGGACUUUGAUGAGAUCUACGAAGAGGAGGAGGAGGAAGAGGAGGACGAGGACAGGGCCGCGGAGGAGCAGCUCCUCAAGUACGCUCCGGACCCGGUGGUGGUGCGGGGGUCCGGCCACGUCACUGUGUUUGGGCUUAGUAACAAAUUUGAGUCAGAAUUUCCUUCAGCACUUACGGGAAAGGUGGCACCAGAGGAAUUCAAAGCCAGUAUCAACCGUGUAAACAGCUGCCUGAGAAAGACGUUGCCAGUGAAUGUGCGGUGGCUCCUGUGUGGCUGCCUCUGCUGCUGUUGCACACUGGGCUUCAGUUUGUGGCCUGUCAUCUGCCUCAGCAAGAGGACAAGAAGAUCUUUAGAGAAACUUCUUGAGUGGGAGAACAGCAGACUUUACCACAAGUUGUGUUUGCACUGGAGACUAAGCAAAAGGAAGUGUGAAACCAACAACAUGAUGGAAUAUGUAAUCCUAAUAGAAUUCUUGCCUAAGAUCCCCAUCUUCAGACCUGACUAACUCAACCGUGGCUGAUGUUAAAUCUCCUUUGCUGCCCCUCCCAAAAUACUCCUGAUAUUUUUGUUUACAGGGUAGCAUUGUUGACCCCGAUUUCCCCCCCCCCCCCCACACACAUACUUUUCUCUUCACCUUUGUUUACAAAAUACAGCAUCCCAUCACUGACAUUUUUGGAGUGAAUUCACCAUUGAACCACGACCUUCCGGGUAAGCUGGUACACCAUCAAGCCUUGCUAACUGGCACCAGCCUGUGGGAUGUCAGGGGAGAACCAGCCAUGGGCAGCUUUAUGGAUUUUGUAUCUAGAGCUGGAGACUGGACUCUCAAAUUCUGUGAGCUACAACUGGAAUUUUGUCCCUUGUUUGUUCCCUAACCUAAGCACAUGGCACAGUCAGACCACGAUAAAACAGACAUUUUCACACGUUACCUUCUGUCAAACCGUCAACUUCACCUGCAAAUAAAAAAAAAAACACCCCAGUGCUUUUGUAACUGUUGGGUUGGUGCUCUAGGUUAUUACUAGAGGCCGUGCAGUCAGCAUGACGUGGAACUCCAAAGGACACUUCCAUCCAAAUCAGCUCUGCAGCGGACAGGAAGAUGCUGGGCCAGCGGCCAGAACAGUGGAACUCAAUAAUGUCACUUUGCUUAUGAACUACCGGACAUCUUUAUCCUCUCACCUCCUCUCAUAUCGCUGCAUACUUCACUGUGGACAACCUUCACCAGUGACAAUCACACAUUCUGACUGUAUUCCCCGUUGUAUGAAUGGGUCUGUAUGCUACACCGUUUGCCCGGAAUAACUUGUUUUCAACAUGAUGUGUGUCCCGGUGAUGGGUUGGCUGCCUAACAACUGCUUUUGAGUCACAGUGGAACAAGUAACUUGGGAAGGAGGCCACUUUGGUUUUUUUUUUCCAUGAGUUUUGUUGAAUGUUUUGGUCAAAGAGAGGCAGGUAAUGUUUGCAUAACUGUGUUAUUUGUGUGUGUGUCUGAGAGAACGAAACAAGCAAAAAAAGAAAGGACAUCACACAUGAAGAGAUAGUUCUUACUCUGUAAAGCAGGGUUCUUUCUUUGACACAUUUGUGUGCCCUAACCAGUCUUUUUUACUUUUGUUGUAGUUAUUUAUAAAUGUGAGACUGUGCUCAUAAUACACAAAAUUCAUGAAAUAGGUUUUUUUUUUUUUUGGCAAAGCUUUUCCCUGGUUGUUUUUUUUGUUUUGUUUUGUUUUGUUUUUUGUCUUUAUGUUCAUGCAUCAACACUAAAGCACCCAAUGGCUUCCCUUAACGCCUUCAAAUGGCCUCUUAGUGGCCGACUCAUGCAGUAUAAGUGUUUCAAAUUUAGGUUGUGGCUCAUAAGAAGUUUCCUCUGGUUUUUAUAUAAUCUUAUUGAAGGUAUUCAGAGUUCUUGGGUGACAGAGUGUGUUCAGAGUCUUCUUUGUGUUACGUAAUACCAGGGUCCUGUGUCAUGAAGCAGGUUAAUUGAAGUUAGCUUGGUAACUGCUCUAAGUAAAACCAGACUACUCCCAAAUCAGGAAUGUGGACUUAAAGGUGUCCUAAUUGGUAUUUUUAUACUAACAAUGUAAAAUGACUAUGUUUAAUGGAAAGAGGUGAAUCAUAAUGACGUACUGAUGCAGAAUUACCUCCCAGCUGUGCAUUUCUGCUGUGUUUUAGUGUCUUGCAGCAUGCAUUUUUGAUUUUCUGACCUGCAGUUUCACUGUUUUGAUUUUGUUUGUCCUAAAAGGAGAGUGACUAGUGGGCUUUCACCAGAUGGCCAGAAACUCUACACCAGUGAUAUGAUAAUGUGGCUGUGUGUCUUCUGAACAUAUAGAUGGGAAACUGCAUGCUAGCAAAUUUGCCAUAUCAACUUAAUGUGAUAACUUGUCAGCUAAUGCAGGCUUAAGUAAAAGACUGGUUACCAGCUCAGUUUAACCCAGUUAUCUAGCUAAUUAGCAACCCUGCUUCUCGAUUAAGUCUGAGUUUAUAAAACGGUUAACAUUAAUCACAUCACCAAGCACAUCUCAGUAUAAUGAAGCAUGCGACCAUUUGCUAGCAAGGAGGAGAAAAGGCAGAACAGAAAGAGAAGGCCUUUUUGAACAUGGUAUAGAUUAAGUUUUUCCCUUUCAGCACACCUCUUGAUUUAUGACAAGCAAAUAUACUCUGAGGUUGAACAAAUCUGCUUAGUUUUAGGUCACUCAGUCUGGUGAUUGUAGGGGUCACACACUCAGGGGAUUAUAUUAGAGAAACAACAAAAUGUAGCAUUGGAAAAUUCACUGUCAGGUAUGUUCCAAAGUUACACCAGAAGGUUGAGCAUACCUUACAGAUCACACAUUACUUGAAUAAUUGUAAAACCAUGCCGUUGGAGUUUUUGAAUUGAAAAUACCCCGAAGAAAAAGAUAACUAGCCUUUCAGUGGUCUUCCUGAUUAGAUGGUAAAGGAAGCACAUGUUACAAAGGCUGACAAAGCCUCGACUUUGUGUUGGUAUUUGUUAAGUAAAAGAUCCAAAUUCACUAGAAUUUGGAUCUUUUACUCACUGGGUUGCCUAUUGGUUCAUCAGUCAGUUUUCUAUAUUUUUGAUUGUGGUCUGUUUGAUUCUGGUCUAUUUAAAUCAAGGCAUAAGGCCAUAUGCAGAUAUUUGUGGUGUGUGUGAGUAUGUGUGUAUGUACACAAUGUAUGCAGGUGCAAAUGUUGUUCGUAGAUCGCAGACUGUGAUUGAACCCUGCACAGAAAAUGAGUCUUUUUUUUAUAUAAUCUGGAGUGUUUUAUGUGUGUGUGUGUGUGUGUGUGUUUGUGUGUAUGAGGGAGAGAAAGAUAUAUGUUCAUAUGACUCAUGAGCAGGUGUAUGUACAGUAAUAAACUACCAAUAAACAAGGCUAUGGGCAUC